GCUAACAAAGUGGCUGUUGUAACGGUAAGUGUGAAAAUCAGUCCACACAAAUAAAACUCACUUUGUCCCCCUUGGCUCGUUUUUGGGCUGGGGGGGACCCACAGCGCUUAACGCUGACCAGUUUCUUACCCAGGGUGGUCAAGCGGGCAUAGGAAAGGGCAAGCAACAGCUUUUCCAGUAUUUCACCGCAUCCACUAACCAGAGUUGUGGGUGUCGAUCUAGAAAUAACUGCGCAGCUCCUUCUGCAUAGAAUCCAGAGGGUUUACGUGCUUGCCCGAAGCCAUGAUAAGUAUCUACGAGCGCAGGAGGAAUGGCAGCGUCGUACUGGUGGUUCCCUGGGGAAAGGUGAUACGAGAGUCCAGUUCAUUCAAUGCGACCUCACAGAUAUAGUGGCUACCAGGGAUGCAGCCAAUGAACUCAAGCACAGAACUGACAGGCUUGAUAUCAUAAUAUGCAAUGCCGGUACGUCUGGACCCUCCACUCUUCCUUUGGCCCAUCCCCAAUCGACGGAACUUACCCCGUCGCUCUGUAUACCCACCUAUAUAUAACAGAUUAUUUGUUGAUAUUCCAACAUCCGCAAAAGCCAUUGGUGUAUCAACCGAGUAUAAACGAUCGCCGCAGGGUAUUGAACAGGUAUUUGCUUCGAAUUGCGUUGGCCAUCAGGUGUUGGCAACCAAUCUGCUGCCCCUCAUGAAGCGUACUAUCACCCAGGGCAAGGCUAGCAAUGGGCGGAUUGCGGUAGCUAGUUCGUCUAUGCACACAUUUUGCCGUGAGCUCAACCUCGACCUUCUUACCUCACCCACUCGCCCUAAGCCAGCAUAUAUCGACGGUGUGUGGCGUUAUGCUCGCGCGAAACUAGGGAAUAUACUCUUCGCAAGGGAGCUAAGCCUUCGGUUGAUGCAAGAAGAGGAUCCGGCAAGUAGCAAGAUUUACGUUAAUGCCUUUUUCCCGGGUAAUAUCGUUACCGAUCAGUGGAGUGUUUGGGAUGAGUAUGUCGGAAAAGCCCUGGGUUCCCUCCUUAGGCGCCUAUUCUCAAUCAUUGGUCAGAGCUUGGAGGAUGGUGCUGCAAAUGCAAUUUAUUUAGCCGCGAGUCCAAAGGUAAUAUCAGACAGCACCCAUGGUCAGUACUUCAUUCCUAUCGCAAAGUCGUACAAGACAACUGCCAUUGCUAGCGAUAUGAAACUUGCUCGUGAUCUUUGGGAUUGGAUAGAGGCCAAAGCGGCAGACGCUGUAGGCCCCGAAGAAUAAGACGAAACCCGUAUCGUCGAUGGUUAGAUGUCAUAUUAGUUUCCAAGUCAAUUUUCUAAAUCAUUAUAGCAGCAUCCUAAGAUUAAUAUCCAGGUGCG